AUGUGGGCCGGUACACUGACUAUGAGAUGCUCAAGACUUUGAAAAAACACGUGGCUGAGGAAAACUAGACAUUUCAAAUUGUUUUUGGAAAUACCAUUAGGCCUAUUUUAGACAUAGGCCCAGUCUACAUUAGGUCACCAAGAUGCAUGCAUAGAAGAUUCAUUCGUUUAGGAAUUUGUUUGCUCUUAUUUUUUCUUGGGCCAUCGUUUUAGAGACCCAGACCAAAAACAUUUCGAUGAUGACCUUUGCCAUGCUGCGGCCAAUUGCGACUCAUCUGAUCAGCUACCCGGACCUGAGUAUGAUGUCCGAGGACGAGGAGAACCGCAGCGAGAGCGACGGCAGCUCGGAUCAGAGCUAUGGAUGCUGCGCAUCCGCGGACAAACGGCGGAGGAUUUCUCUAAAGUCGGGAGGCAGCAGUGUUGUCAUUGUGAAACAGCGGAACGCAGCCAAUGCCAGGGAGCGCGACCGAACCCAAAGUGUCAACACUGCAUUUACUGCACUUCGGACUCUAAUACCCACUGAGCCAGUGGACAGAAAGCUCUCCAAGAUUGAGACGCUUCGCCUAGCAUCAAGCUACAUCUCCCACCUCGCCAACACCCUGCUGCUCCGUGACGGGAAUGGAGAUGGACAACCUUGUCUUGGCGCGGUUUACGCGCAAGGAGAGAGCGGAGGAAAGCAGCCUCGCACCAUCUGUACCUUCUGUUUGAGCAACCAAAGAAAAGGGAUAAAGGAUGGCAAAGACUGUCUGAAGAUGCGAGGCGUUGAUUCUCUGAGGGUGAACCGCAGAUAGAAGACCGUGAAACACAACAGCAAGAACCAGAACCAGAACUCCUCAUCCACAAACUCAGGGAACACUAAAAGCAGGCCAUAACAGAACCAUUCUCAUCAUGCUGGAGAACAUUAUAUAACAAGAGACUAUUUAUACUUGAGAGAAUGCCGUGAGAGGCAGGGAACAAACCAAUGUCCAAUGUGAAGCCUUUAACAAAUGCAGUGCAUUUAUAGAUAGAGAAAUUAUAGAUGUGUAUAUUUGUGUGAUAUUUGUGUUGUACAUGUAUUACAUUUUGAAAUAAAAUAAUUGUUUUAUCUAAAUGAUA